AUUUUAUCCGUGGGGAUUUGAACCUUUGUGAACAUGUCCUAUAUCCAUUACUCAGGCUCAGACAGAGAGACAAAUGAAGCCGCAAUAGUAGUAGAGAAAGAAGAACAGACCUCGAACUUCGCAAUUUGCUUCUUCGGUUCGGGAGCAUUUAGGACUAUUUUCAUUUCGUCCAUCUUUUUCUUAUAAAUAUUUUUCUCCGGCCAUUUAGGUCCGCCUCCGUUCAUUUGCUCAGCUUCUGUACUAACCAUGGAUUUUGAGGUGAGGUUGGUUGCGGGUAUGGAGAGCUGCUUCGUGUCCUUGCCUCUCUUCCUAAUCCAAACCCUCCAAUCCUCCUCCGCCUCCGGUUACCUCCCGGAAGUUCUCGCCCUCGACCUCCGCUCUCGUUCCUCCAACGACGACCACUGGACCGUAGCCUGGUCUGGCGCCACGUCGUCUUCUUCCGCAAUCGAGAUUGCUCAGCAGUUUGCGGAUUGCAUAUCUCUAAGAGAGGGUACACGAGUUGAAGUUCGAGCUCUGCCAAAUGUGGCCAAAGCUACUUUGGUAACAAUUGAACCAAACAGCGAGGAUGAUUGGGAAGUUAUGGAGCUCAACGCAGAGCUUGCAGAGGCAGCUAUAUUAAACCAGGUAAGGAUAGUUCAGGAAAAGAUGACAUUUCCUCUAUGGUUAGGUGGCCGUACUAUCAUCGUGUUUUGUGUGGUUUCAACUUUUCCCAAGGAAGCGGUGGUGCAACUUGUGCCAGGAACAGAAGUUGCAGUUGCUCCAAAGAGGCGCAAGAAAAAUUUAGACUCAAGUCAUGAUUCUUCCUUGUCAUCUUCUAACAAAGCACGUCAUACUGCAAUGGCUCUACUGCGCGUUCAAGAUGGAAACAGGAGAUUAGUUCACAAAAGUUCCGUAGAAAGUAUUGAGCUUGAUGUAGCCCUCACUUCUGUUGUUAUGAUACAUCCAGAAACGGCAAAAAUGUGUGAACUAGAUAUUCUUCAGUCAGUAGUUAUAGUGCCACGGUUAUCAUCAAAGGAUUGUGUAAAAGAAUCGGAAAAGGAUGGCUUGACAGUAAAAAGCAAUCUUACUUCAAAGGAAGCUAACAGUGUAAUUAAGCAGGAAUAUCGUCAAGCAGUUGUGCGUAUAUUGGUUUCGGAUUCGGUUGCUAAAGGGCAUGUGAUGAUUGCCCACUCUCUUCGUCUUUACUUGAGGGCUGGCCUGCAUUCAUGGGUUUAUUUAAAGGGAUGCAAUCAUUUGAGAAAGGAUAUUCCCUCACCUUCACUUUCUCCUUGUCAUUUUAAGAUGUUAGAGAAAAUUAAUUCAGAGAAGAAUGGCCUUGAAGUGCUUGAUAACCAUAAAAAUCGCAGAACAAAAAAUUUGCAUCUCAAUACUAGUUCAGUAGUUUAUAUGAAUGUUGUAGACCGGACAACCCACGAUAGUGUUGUUGCUGCUCUUUCACAUGAAUCUCAUUGCAAAGAGGAUGAGAAGGAUCCUUGUAAGGAUGAAAAUGCUAAGGGUCUGGAAAAUCUUGUCAAAACAUGGUUCAUUGCACAAGUUGAUUCCAUUUCUUCAACUUCAGGAGUAAAAGUUAAUUCACUGGUUCUGGGAAGUGAAACAUUGAUUCACUUUGAAGUGAAAGGCUACAAGCUUGGGUCUCAUAAAAAUACUUCGAUGUCAUCUAAUGAUUUUCUAGAGAACAUAAAUAAGUCUAGUAAACUGCCAGUUGAAAUAUUAUAUGUUUUGACUAUUCCUGAGGAAUCCCGUUCUGGUGGAAUUGUUUAUGAGCUGGUUUUUGAUGAAAUAAAUGAAGGGAAUAAUGAUCUUCAAGGUGCACUGUUUAACAGGAUGGUUUUUGGUGAUCCUGUAACCUUUAAAUGUGUCAGAGAGCGAAUCUUUGAUGAAGAUAUAAGGACUAAUAUAUCUUCAUUGGGUUGGAUGGGGACAAGUGCUUCAGAUGUUACAAAUAGAAUGAAGAUAUUGCUAUCCUCUGUUUCUAGGAUGUGGUUCAGUUCAUACAAUCUUCUUCUUCCAGGACAUGUUCUAAUAUAUGGACCUUCAGGGUCAGGGAAGACAUUAUUAGCAAAAGCAGUUGCAAAGUUUCUUCAGGAACAAGAAGACUUCUUAACAUACAUUGUAUUUGUCUCUUGCUCUAAACUUGCUGUGGAAAAGGCCCAAACCAUUCGUCAAGCACUCUCUGGCUAUAUAUCAGAGGCUUUAGAUCAUGCACCAUCUCUUGUUAUCCUUGAUGAUCUUGACUGUAUUAUUUCCUCUACUUCUGAUUCAGAGGGAUCUCAAAUUUCAAGCUCCGUAACUGCACUGAUGGAAUUUCUGACGGAUAUUAUGGAUGAAUACGGGGAGAAUAGGAAUAUUGCUUGUGGAAUUGGCCCCCUUGCCUUCAUAGCUUCAGUAAAGUCUUUGGAGGGGCUACCUCAGUCAUUGACUUCUUCAGGAAGGUUUGAUUUUCAUGUUCAAAUGCCUGCUCCUACUGCCUCUGAACGGACAGCCAUACUGAAGCAUGAAAUUCAGAAGCGCUGCUUGCAAUGUUCUGAAAGCACCUUACAAGACAUAGCUUCAAAAAGUGAUGGUUAUGAUGCAUACGAUCUGGAAAUAUUGGUUGAUAGAACUGUUCAUGCUGCCAUUGGUAGAUUUCUGGCUUGCCAUUCUUCUUUGAAACAAUGUGAAAAGCCCACUUUAGUCAGGGAUGACUUUUCUCGGGCAAUGCACGAUUUCCUUCCAGUAGCCAUGCGGGAGGUCACUAAAUCUGCUCCGGAAAGUGGUCGGUCUGGGUGGGAUGAUGUUGGUGGUCUUCUUGAGAUUCAGAAGGGUAUUAAAGAGAUGAUUGAAUUGCCGUCAAAGUUCCCAAACAUAUUUGCACAUGCUCCAUUAAGGUUGCGAUCCAAUGUUCUUUUAUAUGGACCUCCUGGUUGUGGGAAGACACACAUAGUUGGUGCUGCUGCUUCUGCCUGUUCACUACGAUUUAUAUCUGUUAAAGGGCCUGAGUUAUUGAACAAGUAUAUUGGUGCUUCUGAGCAAGCUGUUCGUGACAUAUUCUCCAAAGCAGCUGCUGCAGCCCCAUGCCUUCUAUUUUUUGAUGAAUUUGAUUCUAUAGCCCCAAAAAGAGGACAUGACAAUACUGGAGUAACAGACCGUGUGGUUAAUCAAUUUCUUACUGAAUUAGAUGGUGUUGAAGUUUUGACGGGGGUAUUUGUUUUUGCGGCAACAAGUAGACCAGAUUUACUCGAUGCUGCACUUUUAAGACCUGGUAGGCUAGAUCGCCUUCUUUUCUGUGAUUUUCCAUCUCAAGGUGAAAGGUUGGAGAUUCUACGUGUUCUCUCUAGAAAGCUACCAUUGGCCAGUGAUGUUGAUUUAGAUGCCAUAGCUCAUAUGACUGAAGGUUUUAGCGGAGCUGACCUUCAAGCAUUGCUCUCAGAUGCACAGCUUGAAGCUGUUCAUGACCUUCUGGGUGGUGAAAGCAUGCAUGAACCAGGGAAAAAGCCAGUAAUUACUGAUGCUCUCUUAAAGUCUACUGCUUCCCGGGCAAGACCAUCUGUUUCGGAAGCAGAAAAGCAACGCCUCUUUGGAAUUUACAGCCAGUUUUUGGAUUCCAAGAGAUCUCUUGCUGCACAGUCGAGAAAUGCAAAAGGCAAGAGAGCAACAUUAGCGUAAAUGACAAUUUUGGUGAAAUCAGGGAGUAUGUUGCAUUUUUUAAAAGCAAGAAAGGAAAAAAUAGAGCUGAAAUUAGAAUGGAAAAGAUGGCAUUGUUGAAGAAAGAAAAAGAUAAUAUGAUAUUUAUAGGGCCACGCCUCCUUCCACCUGCAGCCCCCUUGCCUCCAAGCCCUGGACUCGUGCCUGCCCCUCCAACAUAGGCCCGAAGCCUGCCUGCACCUGCUUCCAAGCCCACAGCCCAGCUCGUCUCAGCCAACUCUCAGCCUCCCUUCUCCUCACACGAGCUUGCCAGUAGCCAUCCAGCUCAGCUAGGCCCAACAUCACCUAACAGCCUGCCUGACUCACCAGACCCUGAAGCCCACGAGCCUAGCCAAGGCCCACGCCUGCCCAGCCUCCCUUUGGCCCAGCCGCCUGCCAUAACCCAGCCACCCAGCUGCCUCUGCUCUUGAGCCCAUCAAUUGUGCAUUUGUCCCUUUGUCCAAAAAUGCCAUUUUUUUACCCAAUUUUUCUACAUAUUUCAUCACAAAAUCAUCAUUACACCUUAGAAUUUACCUCUACUUG